AUGGAAAGUGUAGUCCUAGCAGCGAUUCUUCUCGUGUCUCAAGGGAUCCAAGGCCAGGAUACCGUCUCCUUGGGCCCACUUAGAAAGCUAGACGAUGUUGUCACGUCACGUUUAAAGGAAAGUCUUCAGAAGGCCAGGCUCGGAGAGUGCUCUCCGAAGUUAAUGAUGCUUCAGCAAGCAGUCGAGCUGCCCAUAUCCCAACUGGCCGAAAAAAUUGACGCACUCAAUAUCUUCAAUCUUCCUCGGCGUGAUGGAGAUUCCUUUGGUUCAACUGGCUCUUCAGCCGCUGUAAAUGGAACUCUAUCAGAUGAAGGACCUGGCCUUCGACAGGGAACCAUAGUAGGAAACAAGGACUUCGAAAAGCAAGUCUUGAAUCUCCUCCGCAAGCUCGGUAUCUACGAUAACUUUACUGAUCGAGUUUUUAAGGCGAUAUUAAGCGACGAAAAGCAGCUGAAAAAACUCAAAAAGAAGCUCGACGACUUGGGAAAGGAGGAUAAAACCGUGGACCAUGCCGACUUGUGGGCUUCCGUUUUCGACCUUUUCUGAACCCUAACUUUAUUGAA